CUUUCUUCAUCCUUCAUAUUCCAUGUCCAAUUGUGUAUAUGCAGACGGGGGCUUGCAAGUUUAGAUAACCAGAGACAAUGGUGAAAAGAACCGUUGACGAUCAGAAGCCGGGCAACAAGCGAAUCAAGCCCACCCCUGUCGCAAUCAGCAAAUUCAAAAUCACGAACCUCGAAGACGGCGAGAUCCUUCAUCAGGCAUGUGUUAUCAUUGCUGGCGAGUCCCCAGAUCUCGGUUAUACGGAAGAGACCAACUUUGUAUCUGUCUCAUCCACCGACGAUGUCGGUCUGGAGAAGGAGAAAUUCCAGAACUGGCCCGUCUUUGAGGGCAACUGGAAGGCGCUUGUGAUGCUCUCGCCAGGGCAAAAUCGUUUGACGUUUAAUCUCCAUCAUGCCGGCGGAAUCUCUGACACUCUCAAAAUGACCGUGACAUACCAGCCUCUCCUCCAACUUCCGCCUCUCCAUCUGGCCAUUCUGGUUGCAAAGGAUUCGCCCUUGCUGAUGGAUUGCCCACCCGCGAAAUACGGUGCUAUAUCCACGGCCCACAGCAGUAUCGAUGCCGCCAUUUCCAAGCUUCGCAUGUCCGCAUACAUGUGGCAGGCCCUGACGGCGGAAGACAUGCGUCAGAAAGGUCUGGGGCGGCGCUCCUUCCGGCUCGAGGAGGAAUGGACCACCAAGACGACCAUCAAGCAGGGCCAUCCCUCAGUGGUGCCAAAUGAGGGCUCCUGUUACAUGGGCUGCGUUGCUAAAGUGCAUAUUAUCAGAUCAGAAAAAACAGUGGCUGAUCUUCGGGAUUUCCACGUCGCACAGCAAAACCCGGUAGCCAGGAAUAUGGACGCUUUACAUGGGUAUUUUGAAAUGGCACUCAAAGCACAUGGGCCACCUUUUGAUUCUAGUUGUCGGCCUGUGGUAGCAGGAAUGUUUUUGGAUUCGCAUUACGAUAUAGAACACAACCUCAUUUUGGGCCAUGCGGCUCUGGGUUGCCAUAAACCGGAUGGGAUCUCCUUGGGAGUUUUUGGAAGUCAUCUAGCGUACUCCUGGCCACGGUUUAUGGAGGAGAUCCCCGCCUGUCUAAUGGAUCUCACUGCCCCCGGAGACACCGUGGGCAAUGACAACAACGAAUGCGAUACUAUGCGCGGUGCUUGUUUCGUUGGCCAGGGUGCCUUCCUGCAUGAAGUUGGGCAUGCGUUCGGGGCAGCACAUACGACCGGGAUAAUGGCUCGAGGAUACAGCAAACACUGGGAUCGCAAUUUCCUCGGCAUUGCAGCGAAUAGCCGGGCCGAGAAUCAUGCGAAAUGGGAUUUGCAGGAUGUGUUAAAGUUCAAGCUCCUGCCGCAUUUCAGACUUCCUGGUGACGAGCCUGUAACGAGAGAGUUCAAGAACGCAAAUGUGAUAUUUGAUCUGGAUAUGCACAUGGACAGUUCUCCUGAUGGCGAGGAGCCGUCUGGGAGCGAGGGACUGAAAGUAUCCUGCGCAGCGGGACUUGCACGAGUCAGAGUUCAGCAUGGCGAUGAGGAGGAGAAGGUCUAUGACUUCAUUGGUGACUCCGCCCGUGUCACACAGUUUAGUUUCGAUUCUAUUCACGGGCAACUUAGCGCUGAAAAGCCGCUGAAAAUAAUCGCCACCGGAAUGAACGGUCGAGAACGCACUGUUGAUGCCUUUUCCCUGUUUCAGCAGAAACCGUACAUCAAGAUCCCGAACAGCAACAUAAUACUGCGCAAAAGAUUUGCCCAAUCUGACAAAUAUGGCGACAGAGAACUUCUACCUUGGGCGAUGCUGCUUCGGGAGCGUGGCCAGGACGGCAGGUUGUAUCGUGCCACUUCGAUUGACUUGAGAGUAGGCUGCACCAUGGACGGAGCGGUUGUGCGCUACGCCGAUGGACAUGUCCACAAUUGCGGCCCUCAAUUCUACGAAGGUACGAGUGAUCUUUUCGAAUUUGGUGGUCACGAGUCCCAAGUGCAUGGCAUCCCUGCGGAUGCAUCAAUCACCAAGGUCGAACUCCAAACCCGCAACUCCGGAUGGGGUAAUUUGUCCGGGAUACGGAUGACACUGAGCAACGGCGAGUCCUGGGGAUAUCUUAACGCUGACAACAAGGGGAGCCAGGACGACACUAUUGUUACCCUGGAGCCUGCGGAGGGUGAUGUUAUUGUCGGAUUUUACGGACAGAGUGAGUCAGAGUGUGGCUUCACGCAUGUCUUUGGGAUCUUGACAGCCCCCAAGGAUAUUGAAUUGCCAGACCAGGUGUAUGAUAUGGCAGAAUUCAAGUUCAAUACGGCGGAAGUCCAAAGUGAGGAUUGAUUUAUCUGAGUGAGCGAUGGCGAUACAGCAAGAGGGCAGACAAUAGAAGCUUUAUGGAGUAUAUACACCAAGCACAUCAUUGUUCAAAUAUCCCAACUGUACAUAUGGGUAAGGAAACACAUACAGUUAACUAUCUGUUUAUAGUUGAAUCAUAACCUUUUACUCCUGAAAAGAAGCCUGGAGAAGUGGAUAGCAGCAACACUCACUGAUGAGUCAUGGUAACUUUACAGGGUUGAUGACAUCAUGUGACUAUAUAUAUUUGCGUUCUAACUACAUCCUAUGUCCAAGCAGCGUCUCAUUGCAGCCCCUCAAGGAGUUCGGAUACUCGCAUAGAAAGCAUAUUUCAUUGGGACUUGAGGCAUGUUUGUGCCUGAUAUUCCCACUGCCAACGCCUCCAGAGUCCAUAGGCGUUCCGACAGGGAUGGAUUCUAUUGACGGUCCAAUAAGCAAUUUGGCACUGCAGCAUACCUACCUAAAUCUUUCUAAUAAAAAGGAAGAGAGAGGAAAGUUCCGAGCAGAGUGCAGGGUGGAUGUCGUGUCACCAUUUUUCGUUUGUGACCUUGAACAAAAAAAUACAGCAUUCUACUUUAUCUAUCCCUGGCAAAAGCCCUAAGCUGGAGAUGAAGAUGAAGAAACAGUAAACAACACCUUAACCUGGUGGGAACAACAGAAUGAAAGGAAAGGACAAGAUCUUCAUACUACUGGUUCAAUUGGUUCCUGGUGAAAUGAAAUGAAAUGUAGCACAUAUUUCAAGGCUGAAUGCAAUGGGCGCCAAUGGUUUCCUACUUGGCCUUACUGAUGUAUUUAAUUAAUGAUUAUGUCCUGCAUGAUUUAUAUGGUUUAAUUUCUGAUUGCUACAACUGAAUUAUAC